UAAACAUCUGGUGCUGCCUGUAGUUGUUAGAGAAUGACAUAAUUCAUCUUUGAGCGGGAUACUAGAGAGAACAAAGAGAGGGAAGAGAAGCCACUUGACAAGACCAUCAGCAUCAGGAUCAGACUCCUUAGUUGCCUGUUUUAUAUAUUCUACAUCUGCUUAUUUCAUUUGGUUUUUUGCGUCACUUUUUUAGCUAUUUUGAUGAUUUCCCUACCGGCCAGCGAUCGUCUGCCACUAACGUUGACAUCGUCGGAACACAUUUAAGUAGUGAUAAAGAAUAUUGCUCUACCAGUACCAAUCUAUCAAGUGAUUGACAAAAAUCCUUGAAGUGCUUGUGCUACUGUAAAAACAGCACUCAAUUAUCAAAGAUGCUGAGACGUGGCUUUCGAAGGCUAAAUUGGCACGGGUUACAGGAAUUCGCGAUCCGUGAUGCAGAUGCGGCGGCUUUUCGGCUUGCGCGGCAAGCAGAUGGGCUCACGUCGGAAACGAUAUCUUAUGUCAUCGAUCAUGAUCAUUUUUAGUGGUGAGUGUUAGCAUACUCAGCUUACAAGCAGUUCUUUCUGCCCUCGUGGUCGUGACGCGAGUGACUAAUACUAAUUAAAGGCAUUCACCUCUAAGUUUUUCAAGAGUCAACAGCGCCGAAGAUUGACUGGGCGAAGUUUAGUUCAGACAUCCAGCACAAAGACCUCGUAGCCUCUUUGAAACAGUAUGUAGACGAGCAGUCCAAAAUCUUAGACACUCUAGCCGCUGAAGACCAUGCAAAAGCAGCGAAGGACAGCAGAUUGAAUAGUUGGGAGGUAUUUACAUCUAACAGCUUCAUGAACUGUCGGAACAAUCACAUGAAUGUCAACAUUUUUUAGUGCUCUCGGUACUUCAUCAAGAUUUUCAUCUAUGCAUUUACCUGCAUUCUUAAACAAAACGUUCCACAUUCACCAGGCAGUGUACCAAGACGCAGUGUCGACAGCGCACGCGGCGGUGCAAUCAAGUGAGGAGAUAGUAGCGAAUGGUGCUAAGGCACUCUACAUAUCGUACAAUAACCCUCCGAUCCACACGGUUAGCACGCAGGAGUGGCUGGAUGUGGACCAGUAUUGGCAAGCGUUUGUGGAAAAGCAUCAGUACUACCAUAAUCAUCUCGACUGCACGUCGGAAGACCCAGAAAGCAAAGAAUAUGACGAGAAAGUGAAGAUGGGUACUACAACUAGAAAUAUUAAUAUUUCUGAUCUCAUCUUCUCUCACUCUUUGUUGGUUUAUCUUUUUUUCAUCUGUCGAACCAAGUCCAAAGACGUCCCUCCGAUUAAUUUCAAGCACAGCUGCCACAGCCGCUCCGUAAUGCUGCAUCCCAAUCUCUCUACAUUUCCAAUCGCAACUUACUAAAACAUCGAUCAGAAAUGAUGCAGAAUUUCCGGUUACACGACGAAUCUCAUCCGAGGACGAAGCUGUUGUAUCAGAGGCCAAGUUACGAGUACUACUCCUAUUUCAAGGGAGUCUUAGUGGAGCAUAUGAUGUUCUACCUAGCAAAAACAGGAGGUGACGCGCGGCUCUUCCCAGAAACCAUGCCGCACUCUUGGUACAACCGAAUCUACGAGACGAAAUUCAAACUGGUGGAGCUACUUCAAAAGUUAUGGAGAGAAGUUGUGCAAUCGCUAUGAACUUAGAGUUAGAAUACUUGGCUCGGGAUACUCUUGAAGAUGAUCCGGCUUAUUCAUUCGAUCAUCUUGUAGGUCGUACUUUCACCUGAUUCUCCAGCACAAGUAAUUCUCAAGUAAUAAGAACCUGCAGAAGUACAUUCCUGCUCAUAAUCUAAGAAUUCGACGACGUUCACUGCAGGAGACCACUCUAGCCCGAGAACUCGAUCUCGAGUUCACUCCUCACGAUCUAGUUGGUGGUGGCGAGGCAUACUAUGCCAAGCUUAUCGCCAAGGAAAAUACCUUCGUCGAAGCACAGGUGAGACUUACAUUGUUGAAACUUCUUUCAUUUCUUACCGAUGAUUAUAGUAAAACGAUUGUAGCUGCAGCCACGUACUACGCCAAACUAUUAACUGAGCAACAAGUGGUAGUGGGAUAGACUUCUUUCCAAUAACUACACCAGGUAGCCCGUUUAAUGGGCGACUUUGCUUUUCUCUCCGAGGGUAUUCCGGUCCAAAGCGCAUCGGCACUGAAAGCGUGCACUGGAGGCAAGUGCUUUUCCCUUGGCGACGAUGUGAACGCAAUUUUCUUUGUUCCAGACUCAGCACCUGAAGAUUCGCCAGCAGCUGCUUGCACUACCUUCUUGAAGGCGACACAGGGCAAGAUGCAUCCAAUAUAUGACAUCGCCGUAUCGGAAUUCGCCAGUCUUCUAGAGGAAAGAAAGAAGGCUUUUGGAGGUGAAAAUAUUCCUAUGCUGAAUGUGAAUGUUGAAAAGGCAGUCCCAAGACAUCCACAUCGAGUAUGUGCUGCUCUGUGAAAUUUUCAUGCGGCACAGUCAUUUUGCUUUUACUCAUGCAUCUUCACAUAACUAUAAUUCGAGAUAACAACAAUGAAAUAUAGCUGAAUCUCGAUGUCAUUCCGCUCGCCAACCAGGUACAUGUUGGUUCAAUGCUCCGGGCGAGACCCGAGCAUCAGCAUUCAUGCGUAGGGUGAAGGCGGACGACCCACUGAAGCCAGUAUUUGCGGAAUACGUUCAAGAGCUCGAGGCGAAGUGGGCGGCAAAAACUGAGUUGUCUGCGGAUGCCGCAGCGACGAGGAUAAUUAAGGCUCAAACUGCUCCAACUCCAUAAAAGUAGUAGAGAAUAAGAUACCUACAUAGACAUACAGGUUCCGUGAAGGAAAAACUAGAAGCAGAGCAGAGUCAAGAUUUUGAUAGGUGAUCACUCCUCCCGCCGGUUGUUUGAUGAUGACAUGACUGAAUGCGAUAGUGAUUCCGCCCUUGGCGACCACAGUGACAGUCUAAGAAAGAGCAAAUCGAGGCGCAAGCAGCCGCUGAUGGAGCAGCAUUUACGGAGCAAGCAGUAGAAGUCUUAGGCGGCACUGAAUCCUUGACGAGUACAUUUGCGGCAGAUCCAGAAGUGGAAGCCAAGGUCCGUGCAGCAACCCCAGGAAAGUGAAUGCAUCAUCUUUAGUCAGAAGUAUAAUUUCGAUCAUUAUUUUCCUGAGACAGAGUGCGAGUGACCCCAUGUCUCAUGGGAUAGCGGUGGCGACUACCUCAAGAGUCAAGAUCAUCUUCUCACUUUUCGUCUUCACAUAUAAACUCUUACUUCUCUUACAGCUCCUCGAAAGUUUCCCAUUCCCUUGGCUAUGUUCUAAGGUCACUUCUCUUUCUGGAAGUAUCUUGAACGUUUUUGUUGUACGUAGCUAUCCUAUAAUAGUCUAUGAGAUCCAUCAACUUCAACUUUUUGUUUUUCUACAGAGAGAGAGAGAGAUUCUACCUCCUUGUAUAUUGUUGUUCACGCAAAGCCGAAGGGGUACCAAGUCUUACUGCUUCUUCUUGAUGUUCUUCCUUGUUCAGUGGAAGCCCGACUGUAAGUUCCUGCUGACUGUUGAUAGUGUAGCGCUCAUAAUUGAUCAACUACAACUUCGUUUUUGAUGGUCCUUGAGGUUUAGGAUCGUUGCUUGCCUUGAUCUUGGUCUUAGGAUGCAGCACUAUUGCUCCUCUUUUCCUGUAGUGAGGUGGAUAUUCAAUGAUCGAGAGGCUCUGCUUGAAGCCGCGAUUGUCGACGCUGGUACAUCGAUCCUUGAAUAGGUCUCGUCUGCACCCACUGUAACAACAAACUGGAGGAGGUCUUCUACUAGAUCUCAUUUAGUGUGGCUGUGAUCGUGAGUUGCAUUCUGAUCAGCGUUCAAUCUUCACGUACAGGUUGACGUCAAAUUAAAUAUUGGAUUUUUAACCUGAACCACCUCCACCACUCAGUGAACCACAGGAAGCAUACACGAAUCGAC